GGGGACCCUGGGAGUGGGGAGUAGCAGAAACUUCUUCAUGUUUGUGAAAUCCCAGUCCGUGAAGAGCCUGAACUCCGACACAAAGGCAGGCACUAAUUAACCACUGGAACGCUUCUGCUCCGGCACCGAAAGCGAGAGCUGUGCCAGAGAAACAGCAGCCAUCCCUCCGGUGCUCCAAGGGCUGUGAACAGCCAGCCAGGCACGAAAUUCCCCCUUCUGCCUCCUUGUUCCUGCCAGCCCCAGAAGAACUCUGACUGCAGACAGCUGAACAGGAGCCACUCAGCUCCCCCAGCAAAGAAAAGCCAAAGCUCACCGGAAUGCUCUCGGAAAGGAGAGUUCCUUUACUUAUUUAGAAAGUCAUUCUUCUCUUGGUUUCUUGGUUCAUGGAGCCUUAUGUCUUCCAAACAUUUUUUUCUCCCCUCAUCACUUCAAAAUCUAACUUCUCCAACAGGGGGGAGAGGUAGGUUAGGUGGUCCAUGAAGCCUCACAACUCACCUUUGAAAAUACGUUGCAUCUAAAUGAGGUAACAGCUGCUUCUCACAGGAGGGGGAAAAACCCCAACCAAACAAAAAACCUCUUCCUUGUGGGCUAGCGAGGCUUUCAGUGGUAUCUGAGGGUGGUCUGUGAUCAAUAGGCAUGGGAAACAUCUCCUUUUGGGAUGAUCUGAACAGCUCCUGCAGCAACGCAGGCAACAGCUGCUACCCGGAAAACAGCAUGAGGUUCAACUUCACUCUCCAAGAGCAGGCAGCUGAUUUCUAUGUUGUCCUGCCUGUGAUCUACUCUGUGAUCUGUGCUGUGGGGCUCACAGGCAACACUGCUGUCAUCUAUGUGAUCCUCAAGGCCCCCAAGAUGAAGACUGUGACCAACAUGUUCAUCCUGAACCUCGCUAUCGCUGAUGACUUGUUCACCCUUGUCUUGCCCAUCAAUAUUGCAGAGCACCUCCUCCGCUACUGGCCCUUCGGAGAAAUCCUCUGCAAGGUCAUCUUGUCCAUAGACCAUUACAAUAUCUUCUCCAGCAUUUAUUUCCUGACAGUGAUGAGCAUAGACAGGUACCUGGUGGUACUGGCCACAGUCAGGUCCAAGAGGAUGCCCCACCGCACGUACAGAGCAGCCAGGAUUGUCAGCCUGUGCAUCUGGAUCCUGGUCACCAUCAUAGUCCUCCCUUUCAUCAUCUUUGCCAAUGUCUACACCGAUGACCUGGAGAUCAAGAGUUGUGGUCUCAAUUUCCCCAAGCCUGAGAGGUUCUGGUUCAAAGCCAGCAGGAUCUACACCCUCAUCCUUGGCUUUGCCAUUCCGGUAUCCACCAUCUGCAUCCUCUACACCAUGAUGCUCUACAAGCUGAGGAACAUGCACUUGAACUCCAAUGCCAGAGCCCUGGACAAAGCCAAGAAGAAAGUCACCAUUAUGGUCUUCAUAGUCCUGGCUGUGUUCCUCUUCUGUUGGACCCCCUUCCACCUGGCCACCAUUGUGGCUUUGACCACUGACUUACCCCAGACCUCCAUGGUCAUUGGGAUAUCCUACUUCAUCACCAGCCUAAGCUAUGCCAAUUCAUGCUUGAAUCCUUUCUUGUACGCUUUCCUGGAUGACAGUUUUCGGAAAAGUUUCCGGAAGUUGCUGGAAUGCAGAACUUCUUGAACAGGGGGUUGGGGCUGGCAGGUCCCUGCCCUUCUGGGGAUUUUCAGGGGCAACUUUGCCGACUGGAGGAGUGGCCAGUGAAUGCACAGCGUCCUUUCUUUCGUUUACAUGUAAUGUGUGGUCUGUUUGUAACCCUCAUCAGUGACAGGGUUUGUCCUGCCCACUUGCAACUCUUGUAUUUCCCCUCUUUGCUCCUACCAACUCCUCAGAGUUGUGUUUUGAGAACCUGAUUUUUAAUUUCCUCUGAAUUAUUAAGGACAGAGCAUUUCCUUUUCAGGGGU